AAACACAGGAGGAAAGACUCCGAAGGCCUGCAGGAGCCUUCAGAGAAGGAGAAGGAGCAGCUGGCCGAGGCCGAGCUCCGGAAGCUGAAGCAGCAGUUCCGGAAGAUGGUGGAAAGUCGGAAGUCCUUUAACUUCCGCUCCCAGCAGAUCCUCACAAGCCAGCACAAGGAAAUCAAGACCCUGCAAGAGGAGCAGGAUGAGAUCACCCUGCUUUUGAGUCUCAUCAAGUCCUCCAAGAAUUUGGACCUGAAUGAGAAAAACUCCAUGGAGCUGCGCUUCCUGCUGCAAACCAAAGAGGACUACGAGGCCUUGAUUAAAUCGAUGAAAGUGCUAUUGGCUGAACUGGAUGAGAAGAUUAUUCAGAUGGAAAAAAAAAUUACAGACCAAAAGCAGAUCUUCACAAAAAAACAGGAGGCCAAUAACCCCAAGAAACUGCAAAAACAGAUCCAUGUGUUAGAAACUCGUUUGAAUCUUGUCACCGUACAGUUCGACAAGAUGCUGACCACCAACGCUAAGCUCCGGAAGGAGAUUGAGGACCUCCGGUAUGAGAAGGCAGCUUACGACAACGCCUACCAGCACCUGCAUCAGCGCCUGUCCAUGCAGAAGAAAACCAUGAAUGUGGCCAUUGAGCUGUCUGCUCAGGCCUACGAGCAGAGACUGGAAGCCAUGGCUCGAAUGGCUGCCAUGAAGGAUCGCCAGCAGAAGGACAUUUCUCAGUACAACCUGGAGAUCCGAGAGCUGGAGCGUGUCUAUGCCCACGAGACCAAGCUCAAAUCGUUCCUGCUUAUCAAGCUGAACGAUCGCAUGGAGUUCGAGGAGCAGGCUAAAAAGGAAGUCCUCAAGGCGAAGAAGCACAGGAAGAAGAGCAAGGGUGAGAGUUUCGAGAGCUACGAGGUGGCGCACCUCCGGCUGAUGAAGCUGACUGAGGAUGGGGACAUGAAUCAUCUCAUCGACGAAUUUCUGGCCAAGGAGGACAAGAACUUCGCCUGGUUCACGUACGUCACGGAGCUCAACAACGACAUGGAGAUGAUGGAGAAGAAGACCGAGAAAAUCCAGAAUGAGAUCAUCCGCUUGCAGUCCCAGAAGCAAACAUCGGAGGAUAAUGACCGAUCUGUCCUGAGAAAGCUGGAGGAGAAGCUAAAGAAGACCACUGAAGAGGCAGAUACGUACGAGAACAGCUACAAGGAGAUCCACGAGACCUUGGAGAAGCUCACACGCUCGGUGGAGAAUCUUUUUAAGAAAAUAAAUUGUGAUGCCACCAAGAUCCUGGUGCAGUUAGGGGAGACAGGGCAAAUCACCAACAUCAACCUUCCACAGUAUUUUGCCAUUAUUGAAAAGAAGACCAACGACCUGCUGCUGUUAGAGUCCUACAAGCGGAUCCUGGAUAUAGAAGGGGUGGAGACCGAGACUCCGCCAGCCUUCAUCAACCCUUUCUGGGGCAGCUCUGCCAUCCUCAAGAGUGCAGAGCCCAUCAAGGCCAUCCCCCCAGUGUUCAGCACUGACCCCUUCAGCGACAAGUUGGAUGAAGUGGAGCAGCCCCUGGACCACAGCAGCCUUCGGCAGAUGGUGAUCAGCAACCACACCACGAGAGAGUCUCGAAACAGGGAUUUACAACGGGAAAGCGCCCUGAAAAGGGGGACUAUCUGA